GACCGAUUGUACGAGAGAUUUCAAAAGAAUCAAAACCUAGCUACUAAAAUUGCAUGUGAAUAAUGCUAUGGCGUUAGAUCAAAAUGAGGUUUUAUUCGGUGUGAAUGAUUUUAUUUUCGAAGCAAUAGUUUGGAUGGGACAGGGUCAUCUAUUAAGACAUAGAGUUUUUAAUUUUUUAUUUUCAUAGGAGCCAAAAUUUCAUCGGUGAGUCCGUACUCCAUCUCCGGAUGCAAUAUUUCCCGACGGUGGUUGCGUAUCAGACGACGAUCUGUCGUCUCUCUGGCACUCGUGUCCACCGAAACCCUCUGAUCCUCCUCCCACUCUCACAGUUUCGGCUAAAACCAUGGGUAAGUGGUCGAACCCUACGACAUGGUAGCAGUUAGAGCCAUACUAGAAGGCAACAACGGGAUCGGGCGUGCAGAGACGGCCUACUCACUACUCCUUCCGUGGGGUCCUACCUGAAACCAUCGAGGAAGGUAAACAUUGUCUUCCUCUUUCGCUCGCGACAGUCUCUGGAUCAGAUAAAUCCCCAAUCGAAUCUCCCAAUCUGGGAUUUAAGACAAAACAGAGGAGAAACUGGAUUUAAAAUAUGUAGGGUUUGAUAAAUUUGUUUUAAUAUUUAUUGGGGAUAGAUGUUAUGCAUGUAAAUUUAAUUCUCUUCUUCUCCUAAGAUGCUUCCACUCGGAUCAAUGAGUGGAGGGUCAUUGGGUCUUCGUACGGAGAGUUAUGGAUCAUUGCAACCGCAGCCACAUAAUAACGGUGCCGCAUUACCGAUUCAACCGAACUCGGUCUCUGCACGCAAACCUCCUAAGAUGCUUCCGCUCGGAUCAAGAGAUAAGGAGAAAGUUAUCCUGCAAUGGAUCUGCAAACUCUGUGGCAAGAGGAAGGUUGGAAUGCUACUUCUCCUCAUAGCGUCAGUUGCAGUCUUCUUGUCAUUCAUUUCCGUUCUCAAUAAAGAUGAUGAUGCAGCUUCAGGUUUGGAGACUAAUCUUUUUUCAUCGGAUCAUGUGUGGACCAGGACGAACUAUGACAUAAAAUCACCAAACACUUUUGGUAGCGCUUUGGCUUCAUUAAAUAAUGAUGCGGAAAACAUUUCUUCAUCUGGAGCUCACCUUUCUGUUUCAAUGCAAUCUUCUAGCGUUCUUCCUGUGCCACAUCCUUGCGAGAAUGUUUCCUUUUCUCCUAUACAAAUUGACAGAAAGCGCCCAGGUCCACGCCCAUGCCAUGUUUGUUAUGUUCCUGUCGAGCAAGCUGUGUCCUACAUGCCAGCUUUGCCAUCAAAGUCACCUGUCUUGCAGAAUUUAACAUAUGUUGUUGAAGAAAAUUCAUUUUCUACUGAGCCCAGUGGUGGCUCUUUUUUUGGAGGACAUCCAUCUUUAAAGCAGAGAAAUGAUUCUUUUGAUAUAAAAGAAUCAAUGACUGUGUACUGUGGAUUUGUUGGCGGCAAGAAACCAGGGCAAGGGACUGGAUUUGACAUUGAUGAUGAUGAUCUUCUAGAGAUGGAUAAAUGCCAUGGCGUAGUUGUAGCCUCCGCAAUAUUUGGAAACUAUGAUGUAAUGCAACAACCAAAAAACAUUAGUGAAGUUUCAAAGCGAACCAUUUGCUUUUAUAUGUUUCUCGAUGAAGAAACAGAAGCCUACAUAAAAAAUUCUAGUAUUGUCGACAACACAAAAAGAGUUGGAUUAUGGAGAAUUGUAGUCGUUCGGAACCUCCCUUACGAAGAUGCUAGACGUAAUGGAAAGGUGCCCAAGUUAUUGCUACAUAGACUUUUCCCAAAUGCCCGAUUUUCUCUUUGGGUAGAUGGGAAACUGGAGCUUGUUGUUGAUCCGUACCAAGUCCUGGAAAGGUUCUUAUGGCGGAGGCAUGCCAGUUUUGCUAUAUCCCGGCACUAUAGACGCUUCGAUGUUUUUGAGGAAGCAGAGGCCAAUAAAGCUGCAGGAAAAUAUAAUAAUGCUUCCAUUGAUUAUCAAAUAGAAUUUUAUAAGAGGGAAGGCCUGACUCAUUAUUCGGAGCUAAAACUCCCCAUUACUAGCGAUGUACCUGAAGGCUGUGUGAUCAUUAGAGAACAUAUUCCGAUAACCAAUCUCUUCACCUGCAUCUGGUUCAACGAAGUUGAUCGUUUCACGUCCAGAGACCAACUCAGUUUUAGCACUGUUAGGGACAGAAUCAGGCUGAAAGUGAAUUGGACUGUGGACAUGUUUAUGGACUGUGAAAGGCGGAAUUUUGUCAUUCAGGCUUACCAUAGAGACUUGCUAGAGCAGAGGAAAGCACUUGCUGCUUUGAGAAAGUCUCCCCCAUUAAUGCCCACAAAAGAUUCACCCAUUAAACCUGCUCUUCAGAAUGGAUUUCCAAGACCUCCAUUGAAGAAACUCCCACUCAGGCACAAGAAAUCCAGUUCCAGAAGCCAUCAUCGCCCAAAGGCUCUUAAUUCAUAAGACCACGGUUCAAUCUCACAGGCUUAAUUUUAGUUUGAAUUUGGGGUGGGAGGUUAGGUUUACUAUAGAGCUUAUUUGCAGUGAAGAAUAAGUUGUAAUUUUUCUGUUUAUUAUUUCUUUUUUGGGGUUCAGAAAUCAUUGUUUUCUAUUCAUUUUUUUUAUGUAAAUAACCCAUUGAAAAAUAAAUAGUAUCUGAGAGCUGGUCUGCUUUUUCCUAAAGAAACCGUAUUACAUCAAAUUUUGUUUA